AUGUCGUCCUGCUUUCCCUUACGGAUAAUCUUGGCUCUCUUGUUCGUGCACUGUCUACCAAUCAAAUCAUAUGCUGCUGCACUGCGGCAAACAGGCAUCAAGGUUUAUUCUAGGCAGGUCGGGAUGGAUAUGCCAAGUGCGUGGAGCUUCGUCACGCGCAGCAACCCGGAUGGAGCUCGACCUCUGAUGAGCUUCGCGGCUGACUGUCACCACUUCGGUCCCUUUGACAACUUCCUUUCCUUCCUAUGA